AUUGAUGUACUGUGGUACCCAUGGUUGAAAAUAUUUAGGCUUAUUGAUUUUGGUGCCGACAAAAUAAAUGCAGAGGAUACACAUGAACUUAAGUGCUGGUGUGAAGUCUUUGGACACUAUUCACGCUUUUCUAUGCAUGGUAAUUUUAGCGACUACCCUUAUAUUUGGUAUUCAGUAAAAACUGAAUUCGGAAUUGAAGGAUAAUUUAAGUUGCAUGUCUAAAAUUUAAUUUUGACUGUUACAAUUAUGGAUUUGACGUACAAGUUUUUCCUUGUAAUUCUCAUGUUUUUCAUGGGAUUGGAUAUAAACAGAGAUUAAUGUUAAUAUGUUAAAGGGAAAUUUAUUGUAAUUAGCAUUUAUGCAUGCAGUUGACUUUUAUAUAACAGUGUGGUUAUUUCAUUGGUUUUCCAAAAAAGGAUAUAAUGGCUCUCUGCAUAAUGCAAAAAUCUUUCAGUUGAAAGAGACCUUUCUGCUGAAUGCAAAUGGCCACUUUGUUUUAAGACACUCAUGCACAUUAUUAGGUUGAUUAAAGAACAUCUCAGCUUUAGAUGUUCUUUCGGAUUCGAUAUUACUAAGCCCUGUGAAUCCCUGUUUGCUUCAGGGCGAGAUGUGUGACAGAGGUGGCAUCGAACUCUUACAAUCCACGAAGGCAAAUGGGGUGAAGAUCACUGGAAUGGCAUCCACCACAGGAACUCACUUAGUGGCUGGCUGCUAGCAUUGCCACUUUAUAGGCACAGAUAGUCUUGGAUGAGACGAAGUCCAUAAGUUCCAAUGGCCAUGAAGAACGGAGCAAGAAAGACCUGAAUGGAUUAAAUUGAAAAUCACUGAAAAAGAAGAGCAGAAGUCGUAGUAGGAGCAGGGAGAGAAAGAGAAGUAAGAGCCGGGACCGCAAAAGAAGCAAGAGCCGGGACAGGAGUCGUGAACGAAAGAGAAGCCGAAGCCGCGACAGGAGACGCAGUCGUAGCAGAGAGAGGAAACGCAGCCGUUCCAGGAGCAGGGAGCGUGCAGGUCGCUUCAGAACAGCCUUUUCUGGCCUGAAAUUUAAUGGUGGUUCCAGGGGGAAGACUGGCCCACUGCCUGUCAUCAAACUAAGCCGGAAAAAGUCUAGGAGCCGCAGCCCAUUCAAACGAGAAAAAAGUCCUAUCAGACAACCUAUAGAUAAUCUCACACCAGAGGAGAGGGAUGCCCGCACAGUCUUUUGCAUGCAACUGGCUGCCAGAAUUCGGCCCCGGGACCUAGAAGAAUUCUUUUCUGCUGUGGGGAAAGUGAGGGAUGUGAGGAUGAUCUCUGACAGAAACUCCAGAAGGUCCAAGGGAAUUGCCUACAUUGAAUUUGUGGAAGCCACCUCUGUACCUCUAGCAAUAGGUCUGUCUGGGCAAAGGCUGCUUGGAGUACCAAUCAUUGUUCAGGCUUCACAGGCUGAAAAGAACAGAGCUGCUGCAAUGGCCAACAACUUGCAAAAAGGCAGUGCUGGGCCUAUGAGGCUGUAUGUUGGCUCGCUACAUUUCAACAUCACAGAAGACAUGCUCAGGGGGAUCUUUGAACCCUUUGGAAGGAUUGAUAGUAUUCAGCUUAUGAUGGAUAGUGAAACGGGGAGAUCCAAGGGAUAUGGCUUUAUCACUUUUGCUGAUGCUGAGUGUGCUAAGAAAGCCUUGGAACAGCUAAAUGGCUUUGAACUGGCUGGCAGGCCAAUGAAAGUGGGUCAUGUAACUGAGCGCACCGAUGCAUCUACAGCCAGCUCUUUCCUGGAUAAUGAUGAACUUGAAAGGACUGGCAUUGACCUGGGCACCACUGGGAGGCUGCAGCUAAUGGCCAGGCUGGCUGAAGGGACUGGACUGCAGAUCCCCCCAGCUGCUCAGCAGGCUCUUCAGAUGAGCAACUCAAUGGUGGCAAUGGCAGCAGCUACAGCGGCAAUGAAUCCUGGAUUGAGUUUUAAUAUCAACGUUCCCACAAAUCAACCUCUCAAUCUACCGUCUCAGCCGAUUGCCACCCACUGCUUCCAGCUGUCCAACAUGUUUGAUCCAAAUUCGGAAAACGAACUUGGAUGGGAUAUUGAAAUCCAAGAUGAUGUAAUUGAAGAAUGUAACAAACAUGGAGGAGUGAUUCAUAUAUAUGUGGACAAGAAAUCUACUGAGGGAAAUGUAUACGUGAAGUGCCCAAGCAUCCCCGCUGCAAUGGCUGCUGUCAGUGCAUUACAUGGACGCUGGUUUGGAGGUAAAAUGAUCAAAGCAGCAUACGUCCCUCUGCCAACAUACCACAAUCUUUUCCCGGAGUCAGUGCAAGCUACACAACUUCUUAUGCCGACUCGCCGGUGAUCCCUGGAGCUUAAAUUUUUCAGGCUUUCUCUUUUUAAUAAUUUUGGCAAAUUAUUAAUAUUCAAUUCCUGCAAGCUUUGUGUAUGUUUAUGCCCGUACAUCACUUGGGCAUUAAAGACGUUUAUGUGGUAGUUUUCUAUGUACAGCGUUUUUUGUUUCCUUUCUUGGUGGGCCUUUUGAACCCUUAUCCUUUAUACAGUUUUCAGGGUUUGUUUUCUUCCACACAUUUGUCUUUGUGAUUGGCAUGAGUUUCACUAGAAGACAUGUACAGUUACCCACACAAACCUACAACUAUUGAAUCUUUUUUGAGUGAAUUAAAAUCUAAUAGCUUUGGUUAAAUAUCUGCAUACAGUGUUUUGGGCUCUAUGAGCUGAAGGAAUAUUAAAACGACUGAUAUCCUGUGUGUUCAUAGAGGCCAUUAUGGGUUUUGAUGCACUGUCUUUUUCUAAUUGAGACUUGAUUUUGUAAAGUCCUUAAUGAACAGUUCAUUUCAAAUAAAGCCAUGAUGCUG